AAAUAAAAAUUUAAUAUAUGUAGUUGUAUUAUCUAUACGGGAUCUGUGUUUGAGACAAUUAAUGAAAUAAUAUCAAUAAUUUUUUUAACAAAAUGAAAGUUGCAGCUGGAUUUGUUAUAUUUAGAUUUGUAAAUAACAUUGAAUACCUCCUGUUACAAGCUUCCAAUGGCUUACACCACUGGACUCCUCCAAAGGGGCACGUUGAUCCAGGAGAGACUGAUAUCAUGGUUACUGCAUUUAGAGAAACUCUUGAAGAAUCGGGCCUUACAAAGGAUGAUUUAAAAGUGUAUGAAGGUUGCAAAACGACAAUGCAUUAUAUGGUUAAUAAUAAGCCAAAAGAAGUUCAUUACUUUUUGGCAGAACUGAUUAAACCAAACGCAGAAGUUAUAUUGUCGCAUGAGCACCAAGAUUUUAAAUGGUUAGGAUUAUCUGAGGCAUGUGAAAUUGUAGCAUUUGAAAAGUUGCAGAAUAUGUUUAAAGAGUUUGAAGAAUGGAUUACUAACAAGAAAAAUGAGUCCAAGAAUUUAAAAUAAAAUGUGAUAUUUAUUUGCUUUUAUAAAUAUGUUUUAAACUUG